AUGUCUCGAGAAUGUGCUGUCGAGCUGGAACGACUUUAUACGUCGACGAUGCAAAUGGUUCAAAUCGCUUACUGCAGAUCCACAAGAAGAUGUCAAAUUUGUGAUAGGCGUCAUCACACUCUUCUUCACCAAGCCGAUAGAGAUUCGAGCAAGAACUUCAAUUUUACAUCUCAACAACAAGUAACCUCAUCUCUCAGAGAAACUGAAUUGAAGAAUGUCAAUUACACUCAUCAAAACUUGGAGGCCUCCACAGAGGUUUUCUUGGACACAGCUCAAGUUGAAGUAGUCAAGAGCCUCAAUGAAACUAUCCAAGUGGACGUAAGUGCCUAUAUUCUUCCAAAGGUGACCUCAAAGGUUCCAGCUGCUCAUACUCCUUGUAUUGGUUGGCCUCACCUCAAGAGCUUGUUGCUGGCUGACACCCACUUCAACGAGCCAGGACAAAUCGACAUCCUCCUCGGUGCAGAUGUUUACGGGCAACUGCUUCUUGAGGAUCCCGUCAAAAAAGGGCCGGCUAAUAGUUCAGUUGCUCAAUCUACCAAAUUGAGUUGGAUUCUCUCUGGUCCCUGCGAUACUUCACAAACCAUAAACCAAGUGUGCCCAUUACACUGCUCCAGUGAUCACGACUUAAACAAAGCGUUGGAAAGAUUCUGGCAACAAGAAGAAAUGGCAAUAACUUUUAAUAAAUCAUUUACACCAGCCAAUCAGCAGUGUGAAGAUCAUUAUGUAUCCACUCACAGUAUAGAACAGUCUGGUCGAUACAUUGUUCGAUUACCCUUUUCAGCAACAACGGAACAGCUAGGAAAUUCGAAGCCAGUAGCAAUACAAAUGCUGAAAUGCCUUCAACGGAAAUCUGAGAACGUUCAAACCUUUUAUCAAGCAUACUCAUCCUUCCUAAAUGAGUGCGAAACACUACAACAUAUGGUAAAAAUUCGCGAUGAAGAGACUGAGCCAGCUUCAGCCUAUUAUCUAUCUCAUCAUGGAGUAGUUCGUGACUCGGGCACAACCACCAAGUUACGAAUUGUUUUCAACGGUGCACGGCGAGUUCCAAAUGGGAUGUCGUUAAAUGAGAUCCUUCACACAGGUGUAAAGCUCCAAGUUGACCUUUUCGACGUCCUAAUAUGGUUUCGGAAACAUAGGUACAUCUUUUCAUCGAGCAUCGAAAAGAUGUACAGGCAGAUAAAGGUUCACCGAGAUGAUGGCAAGUACCAACGUAUUCUUUGGAUGGAAGGUCAACAGAUCACCACGUAUUAA